AUGUAUACGAACAGAAUGGUGAACCACGAUGGUGCUUCUCUGGUGAGAUCUCUGGGCCGCCGUCUAGAUUCUUUGGAAGAGACGGUUGGUGUUGGAGAAAACAAUAAUUUCAUCAUUGACACUGUACGUGAAUUGGAAACCCAAUUGAAUGCGAUAUAUAGGGCUGGGUGUGAUUAUAGCAUGAAUUUCUUAGAAUUGUUAUCUGUAUGGUAUGAACACAAAUGGGACAAUGAAGAUGAGGAAGUCAGUUUGCAUGCUCGGGUAGUUGCAGUCAAGUACAAAGAGAUUAAGCAGUUGAUACAAGCACUACAAGCACUGAACGCGACUUUUGAAGAUGUUCUGCUUUCAAGAAAACCGCUCAUAUCUUCUGCGACACAAGGUCAAAAGAUGGUGGAGACAACAAUGUUGCCUCAGCUGGAGGGCCUCUUUAAAAAAUGUGAUGGCCUGUUGACAAGAUCGAUGUUGUUAUUGAAUCAUUUUUAUAGUUUUAACAGGAAAGUAAACAUCAGAAUGCAUGACUAUGACCAAAGACUACACGUAGCGGCAAACCAGAUCAUGGAACUACAGCAAGAAAAACAUAAAAAUAUCCCGUGA